AAAGUUGUCUUGCCGAACACGACUUGUUUUUGCUAUCAGUAGAUUUUAGGCUGAAUAUAAAACAUUUUCUUUGCCAUCGCCUUCUGCAACAGCUGUCCCACCAUGCCGCUGCUCGUCACCGACUACUCGUGGACACAAACAGACAGCACGGUCCACAUCAGUGUGCCGCUGAAAGGAGUGAAAGUCGGGAAAGUGGACAUCGUUUCAACGGAGGAGUACCUGAAGGUGCAUUUUCCUCCGUACCUGUUUGAGGCCUUCCUUCUUGAACCUGUCGAUGAAGACAGAAGCACAGCAAAAAUUGGAAAUGGACUCGCCGUUUUCAGUUUGCCAAAGAGAGCCAGCAAAAUGUGGGAGCGCCUGAUGAUAACCACAAGUGAUAAAGAAACAAAGACGGAGAUCAGAGAAAGAGCUCUGGUGAAACACCUGCAGAAACUUUCUUCAGAGUCCACACAGAAGGCAGAAAAACAGCAAACAGAGAAAAAGUACGCUCUGGAGACCAUGAUGAAGCUUGAAAAAGAAGAAAGAGACAGUAUCCAGAAGAUGAAGGAUGAAGAACGAGAGAAAACCACAGCAGAGCUGGCAGCGUGGCAGAAGCAGAAAGCAGAGGAAAACGCUCGGCUCAAACUUCAAAGUCAGACAGAAAAUGUGAACCAGCAGAGAAACGCCACGGAGAAACAGGAAAACAGACCGAUGAAGCCACGAAAAGACACAUUCAUUCACAGUGACACCAAGAGCAAGAAAAAAACAGCUGUCCUGCCCCCUCCGAGACUCAGUGGAAACAUUCAAAUCACAUUCACCCCUCGAGUUUUCCCAACCCCCCUCAGGGAAUCACAGGCGGCAGAGGAGGAAGAGUGGCUCAAAAAGCAAGCAGAAGCGAGGCGAGCCUUAAGUGCCGAUUUGGAGGAGCUGAAGGACCUGACAGAGGAAGAGAAGAACCCUGAGUGGUUGAAGGACAGAGGCGACAAGUGUUUUGCAGCAGGAGACUACCAGGGAGCGGUGAACGCCUACAGUCUGGCUAUCAGGCUCAACGGGAAAAUCGCCGCUCUGUAUUCAAACAGGGCUGCAUGUCACCUGAAGUUAAGAAAUCUUCACAAGGCCAUUGAGGACUCCUCCAAGGCACUUGAGAUGUUGACUCCAGCAGUGUCUGCAAACGCUGCAGCCAGAGUUCGAGCAGUUGUUCGCAGAGGUUCUGCUUUCUGCCAGCUGCAGCUCUACGCUGAAGGGCUAAAGGACUACGAAGCUGCUCUGAAGAUCGACCCUCACAAUGAAGCACUUCAGGUGGAUGCACAGAGUAUCAGAGACAUCAUCCAGGGUUCUGCAGCCCAGCCCGACACCAAUGAGACACAGAGAGACACAAACAGCAGUACAUAAGUGAUAUCUGAGUGAUGAUCUGGGCAUCUGAAGGUCUUGAUUAUAGGCUGAUAGCGUGAUAGCUGAUAGUGUUAUCUAAUCCUCAUCGUCAGGACUGCUGUUAAUGUUUUAUUUCUGUCUAAUGAGGAGUCCAAAAGUCCCAGCUUCAGUUCACUGUAACAGGACACUAGAAAGUGCCUGAACAUCUUACCCUUUGACCCACUGGAACCACCAGAUGUUCAGAUGUUUAACUGACCAAUACUUUUUUAAAGCAACUCAUUUGACCUCUAACUGCUGUCAGACAUUACAGACAAAUUAUAAAGAAUAAACAAUAUUAAUGCAAUUAAUUCUCAUUUCUCGUGUGAUUCACGGUGUGAUCCCAAACUUGUAAAUGCUGAAGCGGCGGAGUGGCUGCACGUGUCUGGUGUCUGCGUGUCCGCUCACAGCGACUGCAGCUGACAGCAGACAGGCGCCCCCUAGCGGCACAACGCUGCACUGCCUGGAGUUAAAUAAUGCAACAGUAUCAUCAGUAUCAGUGUUUCCAAUCAAUCCAGGGGCGACCAAAAGGUUUUCAUAGGGGGGGCCAGAUGGGGCCACUUAAA